AUGCCACCUAAAGAGAUCAUUACGGAGGGUAUUGCCCUCUAUUUCUAUUACUGCCACAAGCAACCCCUGUGGCUUUUUCACCCAGACGAUCUUGCCGUCCCUGCAAAAUGUCGAAACGAGGUAGUAUUUGGCAUACUCAGUCUUGCCCUGCGUUACUCAAAUAAUCCCUUUCUGGAAGGGCGAACGGACCAAAUGUGCCGCCAAUACGCCGAGGCCGCUCGCAGCUAUGCCAUGUUCCGAAUCGCCCAAGGCACUGUGAAUCUCUCAACAUUACAGAGCUUUUGUCUGAUUGCACUGGCUGAAUACAUUGCCAAUGACACUCACCUUGCGAGACUACACAUCGGUCUUGCAACAGACCUCGCUAAGUGUGCAGGAAUUGACAUUGAGCUGCACGAGGGUGAAGUUUUGCCUGAAUUAGAAGAACGAAGAAGAGUUUUUUGGAGCAUCCAUCUUCUCAACCAGCAAUACGCUCCGCACAACAUGCAUAUAAACAUGCUACAAGAUAUCCAUAGCCCGAAGUACAUGGCUGCUAACACGGACUCUCCACGCGAAAUGGGAGCGAAGCCUCCUCAGGCUCCUCAAGAGAAUGGAGCCUUCACAUCGAGAGGAGGCAUAUGGAUUUACAUGGUGCAGUUAUCGACUCUUUGGAGUGAAGUACAGCAUUAUGUUUCCCAUUGCGCUAGCGGAGAUACCACACCACCAUGGUCGGUGAACUCUGGCUAUUGUAUCAUUGGCGCCCAUCUGAUGGACAUUGAGACGAACUUUCCUACCUCUCAUCGAUACGAUUCAGCAAGGUUUCAGGAACAGUCGCCAGAAGAACUGAAUAGCGAUCGUGGGUACUGGAGUCCUUGGCUAUACCUUCAGUUCACCUAUCACGCUGUACACAGUGUCAUCAAUCACCCUUUUCUUUAUUCUUGGCGACCUCAACAGUCUGCCCAACUUGCAGUACCAAACACAUUCUGGAAGACAUCAUCGGAGCUUGCGCUUAUUCACACGACGUGGACUGUUCGCCUCAUUGACAUGAUUGUCGAGAAGGGGUAUCAAUUGUCUGACCAUUUCCUUGGUCAUGCGGUGGCGAUCGCAGCCACUAUUCACAUUUAUUACUGCCGCGCUGCGGAUCCCGCCGUGCGAGAGUCUUCUCAACGGAAGCUAGAGACUUUUGAAACCGAGAUAUUCCACCAUUCCGCAACAGCGGUCGACACAUCGGAUGGAGGCCAAGCGCUGCCGCCAUGCUCGAGUACAUUACAUGGACGAGCCGAUUCUGAGAAUUUGGAAGAUGAGCCUUGGGGCCAGCAUAAUGCGGACCCAUUUGAAAAUGACCCAGAACAGUUGCCGCUGCGCGAGCCGUUCGCAUGGUCGGGAUCUGGACUUCUCGGCGAUGUAUCUUUCAUGGACAUUAUGCAUGAUCCAUUUUUCCAGUUUCAGGAUCGUGAAAAUCCUUAUACAGGAGUAUGGGAAAUUGGUAAUCUGUGA